AUGUCUCCGGACGUCAAGAUUGACCGAGGCGACUUUGACGUCUGGAAAGGGGUUAGCGGUUGGCAGGUCUCGCUUCGAGUUGCAAGCAGGCACGUGAUAUGCCAUGGCUUGGCUUCGGCCAAACCCGUCGAAUGUCGCAACAUGUGGGCAGAGUGA